UAAACACCUUUAUCUGAACCGUAGUUUCUUUUAAAGUAAAAACUAACUUCUCAGCUUCAUGGCCAAAAGCCCUCUUUGGUCAUGCUCCCUCCUUGCCAGCACAUCUUGAAGUAGUGCUCUGGUGUAUUUAUAAGCAGGAAAACAGAAACGAAAUCAACAAAGAAUAAACCCUAAUUUAAGAAAUGGCUUGUGAUGAUCAAAGUGACCCAACAGAAGGAAGGAUACCUCAAUCAAACAGCAACCUGCUUCGAAAACUAAAGGAGUUUGAUAAGUUCUACUCAUCUCAGAAAAUGGAAAUUAAACUAGGAAUUGAUAUUAAAACACUUGAGGAAACAAAGAAGAAGUUGAAAAGUGAGACUGAAUCACUAGACAAACAAAUGGAAACUCUGCGAAGCGAAAUUGAUUUCCUACACAAACAUAAGUUUGAAGAAAUUAAAUUCCUUCACAAAGAAAAGUUUGAUUUGGAAAUUGAGGUGGAAUCACUCAGCAAAGAAAGGGAGCAAUCGAGGAGGACUAUUGAAUCAGAGAAACUUAUGCUUAACUCUAAGAAGUGGGAUAUCGAAAGAGAUGUUAAAUUACUCACAAAGACGAAGACUGAAUUUGAGAAUGAAGUUGAAUCACUUAGCAGUGAGAAGACUGUCCUUGAGAGUGAUGUUGAAUCACUUAAAAGUGAGAAGGCUAUACUCAAUGCAGAUAAGACUCGGCUUGUAUAUGAUGUAGAAUGACUCAACAAAGAGAAAAGUAACCUAAGAAACAAUGUCAACUUACUCGAUAGAGAGAAGUGCGCACUCCAAAGUGGCACUAAGGUUCUUCUAAAAGAGACUACUAAAAUGCGGAAUGGGAUUGAGACUCUCAACCAAGAGAAGACUGUACUCGGGAAGGAUGUCAAUUUACUCGAUAAAGAAAAGACAAGAAUAGCAAGUGAAUUUGAGUUGAUGAAUAGAGACAAGGCUAUAGCGGCAAGGGAUGUUGAGCUACUGAACAAGGAGAAGCUUAUCUUUGCAAGUAAGAAGAACGAAUUGCAAGCUGACAUUGAGUUACUU